CCAUAUUAUCCUACUUGAUGCAAGUCGUUGGUUGCUCCGGAAUGCCUGAUAAUCCAUCUUUGGCACCUAUUACCGAUAGCUUGCAACAUAUCAAAACAAUGGGAAGCACCACGAAAAUUUCUCCUUACUGCUUACUUUGGAUGCUGGAAACGUGCCUCGGUCACGGUUAUUAUACUUAUCCAGGCUCCCUUACCGUUCCCCCGUAUAAUGAAUGCGUUACAUGGAUCGUCGCGUCGACCAUAACGAAAAUAUCUUUACAUCAG